AUGAAGUCGAAUAGCCAAUGCCCACCCCAAAACAACGACAACUACCGAAACAACACACCAGAUAAUGACAAAGGUGUAAGCAAUGAAAGUACCCCUCGCUAUGCUCUAACCAGUAAUAAUGCAAACAUGCUCCCUAGGAGUAUGGAUGAAAGUCGUCACAACCCAUCGAAUGGCGCACCGAUGAGUCAGAGCAGCAGAGGGGGAACUACAAAUAAUGUUAUGAAAAUUUUGUCGAAAUCCUCCCCCCUUAAUUAUUCCUUAAAUAAUCACACGUUUUAUAACCAGCACAAUAUGCUCCAUAGUAACAAUAGCAUGAGCAAAAGUACGUAUGGAAGUGCGAACAGCCAGUCAAUGGUGAAUAAUGUGAAGAUGGUAAGUGCUAUGCGGAAGGCAGAUGACAAUUUAUCUCACAACAUGAAUGACACCCUGAACAAACCUUUCCGCCCCAUGAAUUAUAGCAAUUUACCCAGUAAUAUCAGAGGACGAGCGGGUGAAAACGUGGGGAACUUAUCCCAAAUGCCUUAUCGCAAUGUUAUGCAAAAUAAUAAUAAUGAGGCAGUUGUAAAAAAUGGACUCAUGUCACCCGAAUUGAGCAAUACUGCUAAUGGGGACACCCCCCGCAGUAUCAACAAUGUUAAUAAUUUAAGUAGAAUAAACGCGGCGGAUUUUAUUUCCCGCGUGAAUGCGCCUGGCCAGAUGAAUAGCAUAAAGGGGAGGAACAGUGGCGUGAUGAACGCUGCUGCUUCUAGCAGUGGUAAGGCAUUUUCAAAUUUGAGCUCUAUGCAUGGCAGUAUGAACAUGGCCCCAUUCAGCGCUGCCCAAGGUUAUCCUCUAGUUAGCGGUAACAACGGUGGUAGGAACAAUAUGCACAUUGUGAGCGGCAUGGGCGAGAUGACCUCCUUAGCCAAUCUGAACAGAGCCAAUUACAACAUGGGCAAUUUAAAAAGUUCCAUGGGGUAUAUAAACAGAGGUAGCGCAAGUGGCGGCAAAAUUAUGAGCUCAAAUGUGAGCUCAAAUUUAAGCUCCAAUUUGAGCGGUUACCCAGGAGCGUUGAGCAGCCACAAUAAGGAUAACAUGGAAAUUAUGCAAGCCAGUGGAAACAGCCCCAGCAACGCAAAAACCAUUGAGGCCCCCCAAAAGAGGAGCUACAGAAAGAGCAAUAGCAAAGUUAACCCAAACGAGCGAAAUGAAGCAGAAGUUAAAGACAACAACGGUGUCGUUAGUAACGUACCAGUCAUGCAUAAUCACCUUAUAAGUGACAUGCGUUCCAGUCCAGCCUUGAAGGACCAGUACGGGUCCCUCGUACAAAAUGGAAAAAAUAAUCCAAGUCGGGAACCGUACAGUGUACACAACCAGGGUAGCAAUUUUUACGGUAACGCAAAUGCAGGGGGAACGGCUCAGGGAAUACACAACGUGAACGGCGGCAUGCAGCGUGGCCCUCCCGGAUACUACCCCAGCAGCAAGGCACAGAUGAGCCCCAAUGUCGGCGCCAAUGAGCAGAAUGCGAAUCUCCUAAGCGGCAAGAAUUUCUUGCAAGCCGUAGGAAGUAUCCCAGGAGUACAAAACAAGAAUGAUUGGACCUCCCAGUAUAACGCCAAUAACGUCCAAGGGGAUAAAGCAGAAAAUGGAAGAACUAACAACGUCCAAGGUGACCCGAAUGAGGACACAAAUUCCUUGAUGAAUAAUAAUGCUAUAUCACCGGAGAAAACGAAAAAGAGAAAGAGAAAGGAGAAAGGGAUGGAACAGGACACCCCCCCCAAGGUUACUAAGAGGAAAAGUAAAAAUGCGCAAAAUAACCCUGAGCAGACUAUGAUAACGAACAACGAUGCGAAUUGUUUACAGGACGUGGCGAGUAGCCUCUUGGAUAAUCCCAUACCAAAUUGUGCGAACGGUGCAGAAAUGAUUAACGAUCCAUCGAAUAACAAAAUGUCGAAGAGAAAGCCAAAAACUGACGAACCAAAAAGAGGGAGAAAAAAAAAGAUGGAAUCAACAAAUGCAGGAAGUAGUUACCCAUCGGGGGAACAAAACAACGGGGCGAGUCAAACAGGUGAAUAUCUCACAGAAGAUCGAAACGGAUUCUACAUCAGUUCUAGUGUGGCACAAGAAAAUAUGAAAAGCGGUGUGAUGAACACGUAUGGAAAUGCUAACUAUUUGAAUAACCCCACUAGCGCGUCUCCUCAGAGUAACUAUUAUAACAGUUUUAAUAAAGACAAACUAGCGGAAGUACCUAACGUACGUAGCAACUGGGGUGAAAGGGAAAACAUAAGAAUGAUGAACGGCAACCAGGUAGACGGCGCAGUUAACCCGUACAUUGUAAAAGGCGUUAGUUACAACCCUAACGUAUCAAAUGGUAACACCAGCAUGAACGAGUUCAUGAAUGAACAGUUUAGGGAGAAUAAUAAUGCGCAGAUCCUACGCGAUGCACACUUGGGUAAUAGUGCCCAGGGAGUUACACACAGUUACAUGGGAGUCGAAGCGAACAAACAGAUGAAUGAGAAUUUAACCCACAUGGUAGCGCAAAAGGGAAACAACGAAAUGUAUAAGAAGGAGCAAUUAUUACGGAAGGAUCAAGUGAGUGUUGACGCCAAAUUUGUUUGGCUGUUUUUAAAUAAAGAAUUCAGUGAAAAUAAAAAUAAGUAUGCUCGCUUUUUGCCUCUCUUUAAUAGUUACUACCCGAGUAAGCUGAACGAGUUGAUUCGCCAAUUAGAGGAGUACUCCUUGCUAAGCUAUGCACAUGUUAUGAAUGGUGCGCUCGCGCUGCAGAGGAUCUACUUGGGAGGCCUUACCCCCAGCGUGGUGGCAACUGGAGACCAUGCCACCAGCAACAUGAACGCCUCGAAUGCUGCUAAUACCGCUAAUGCAGCUAAUGCAGCUAAUGCGGCAGCUUGCCCAAGCAGUGGCUACAGCGACGGUCACAUCGACAAUAAGCUACUGAACAAUAUAAAUAGCAAUUUUAAUGAGCUCAUAAAAAACUUUAGCAUUGAAAGUGGACCCGCUCCGAACGCCCCUGUUGGAGGGGGAGAAAAUACGGGGAAGGGAAGGAGAGGCAGAAAGAGUGAUAACACUGCUGGGAAGACCAAGAAGGAGGGCGCCCCGAGGGGCAGACGCCCGAAGAAGGGUACUACCACGGAGAAUAUCAGCGGCGCGCAAAUUGACAGUAGCGUCAAUGUGGAGGGAAGAGUGGUCUGUGAAAACGACAACGAUAAGGUGGCCAAUGCGCCGACUGAACCAGGAACAAGCAACAAAAACGCCUCCACUAAUGAUGGCACACCCCAACUGUUGAUAAACGAACAAGGACAAAUGGUACCUGUAGACAGUGCACAAGCGGGGCAAGCAACGAACAGCUACAUCCUCAAUCUGAAUGGAUCGAUGAUUAGUGAAAAGGCCAAUGAUGUGAUGAACCUCAUAAACAGUAAAAAUGAAUACGGCUCUAUUUAUAAAGGAAGCGAAAAUUCAAUUGGGAAAGGAGUGACCAACUUAUGUGACACAAUGAGCUAUCACCAGGGGAAUUUUCCAAAGGAUGAAAAUGAUCUGAACAAAGUUGGUAACACGUUAAUAAAUGAUGUGAACAGUUCAGGUAAAAAUGGAAAAGUGAGAAAGUAUAGGAAAAAAAAGGAUAACAACAAUUUGGCGUCAGAAAAUAAAGGGGACAUAGCAACAUCUGCCUUGGACAGCACCUGCAUGGAAAGUGAAAAAAAAAAGAGAAAAAAAAAGAAUGACCCCCCGAGUAUUAGUGAACAUACCAUAAGUGCCCCAAAUGGGGUUAGCAUUUCUUCCCAGAAUGGUCACGUGAAUACGUUAAGCGACCUUCCUGUUGAGGUGAAAGGAAGGGAAAACAUGAUUGAGACGUAUCCAAAUGGUGUGGAAGCUGCAUGUGCAGGUGAUAAUGAAGACCCUUCGGCGACGUAUCUGCUAAAUUGCGUCGUCGAUGAUUACAAUAAGGAGAUGAGCAAGAGGAAGAGAAAGGGGAGCAGUAAGGAGCCGAAUGAAUCAAAGAGAAAGGCUACAACGAAGGACGUGGUGAAGAAGGAGAAGACAGAUGGUAGGGGUAAAAACAGGACGAAAAAAAUACAGGAGGUGCAAAAAGAGGAAGAAGGGCAGAUUGAGGAGUACCUAAAUAGGGAAAUGUACGCCUUAGAAUAUGAACGUUUUGCCAAUGCGAACAACCAGAAUAGGAGCGAGAAUUUCAAUCUCCCCACGCGAAGAAGAAAACAAUUAAGGAAACGUUUCCUUCAACAAGAAAAUAGGCUCUACCACCAUAUGAGGGGUGCCCACCUUGUGAACAAAAACUUAAGUAAACAUAUAAGAUUAAGUAUGAUCAAUGCUAUUAAGAAGAAAUAUAAACGUUUCAACUUUUGCGUAAAUAAAGUCUUCAGAAAAAGAAACAUAAACGAUAUUAUCGCCUUAAACGAAAAUUUAAAUAAUAACAGAGACCUUUUGGUCUUAUUCAAAAGGGGGGAUGUACGUAACUUAAAAAAGUUGAACUUCUCCUUCUUCAUGAAUAAAUUGGAGAUGCAAAAAAUAGACAUGAUUAUAAUGAAGAGGAUACAAAUGUGCGCACAGAAUAUGAAGAACAGUUUAGGAUUUACGUGCGUUAUAAAUAACGUGGAAAAAAUUGUAGAGUUGUUGAAGAAAGCAUUUAAAGAUCGGCUACAGUUGAUGUGGCCGAUGAUCGAAUUUUCCAGCAAGUAUAGGCUGGACCAGUACUUCCAUCUGUUGACAAAAAAUAGGAUGAAUUCGCAGUCCAGGUUUAAGCACACUCGGCUGUUCGUGCAUCAGAACAUAGCCCCCCUGAUAGCCUACUUCAACCAGAGGACCAUUGACGACAAAAUUGUGGAAUACUUGAGGAGCCAAAUAAGGCCGAAAAAGAGGAGGAGGAAAAAUAAGAACAAGGAUCCCUUCUCGGAGGAUAAAUCAUUCGACUUACUCAAAACGAUGAACACCAUCACGUCGAAUAAUUUCACGACGGAGAGCCUGCUCAACUUGGAGACGGCGCGAACCAAGGCUAGCGAGUUUGCCUUUGUCGGUUAUAACCAAAAGAGGCUCCUGACACAGGUCACCCCCUAUGACUACAAGAACAUUCUCAAUUCUGAGUUCUGUAACAAACUGUUUACCAUGAAAUGGAGGGAACAACAAGCAUUGUUUAUCAACCACCUGCAUUUCGACAUGGUCCCUGAUAAUGAAGAGACAAAGAAUCACUUCGAAAAAGUGUACAUGAGGUAUAUGGGCUACAAUGAAAAGAAGUUAGCAGAUAAAAUGGAAGAUAAGGCAAAGCCAAGGAAACCCAAGUCUAAAAAUGAUAUUGUAGAGGGAGUUAAGGCUGAGGGCAAACCAAAAACCACAAGGAAAAGAAAGACGAACAAGAAUAAUGAAGAUGCUGAGAAGGAACCGAAAAUUGUUAAACCGAGGAGGAAAUAUGAACGGGUGAAACCUAGGAAGAGUAAAAAUCAGAGUGGGAAUGCAGAGGCCGACCAGGGGGUACAGGGUGCUGAAGUAGCGCAGAAUGUGGGAGACGAUCAUAAUGCCUCAACUGGCGUCAACCCCCCGAAUGACUUCACGGUCAAGGAAGGCACAUCCAAUAGGAAGGGACGCAAACCAAGAGAACAAAAAGCGAAAAGUAAAAGCAAAAAUGCACAAAAUAAUGACCUGACCCUUUUGAAGGGCGAUCCCAAUGCGGUCAUUCAGGCAAGCAUAGACUUCAUGGAUCCCAACAUGUUUACCUAA